CCCAGAGAGCGCUAUGAAGGUUAAGGUGUUCAACCCUGGUCACUCUUAAGCACUUUUCCUCGACGAACUAAGACAACAGAUUGUGUACACCACUGGGAAAAAGAUGUCGAAGGUGGACCAGGACCCCAAUGCCUCGCUGAGCAUAAUGGAACAAAUCAAGCAGCUCAUCAGGCCGCCUCCCAACGAGGACGAAAAGCUGGUGCAGCGGAGUACGAACACCAAGCAUCCGUACUACAGGCGUCCGGGUCGGGGUCACAACCAUGACUACUGCGACGCCUGCGAGGAGGGCGGCAAUUUGCUUUGCUGCGAUAGAUGCCCAUCAAGCUUCCACCUUCAAUGCCAUGAUCCACCACUAAGCGAGGAGGACAUUCCCAGUGGGCAGUGGCUGUGCCACAGUUGCCGCAUGGCCAAGGUCUCCCAACCAGCGGCCAGCUCAUCUUCUAAGGCCAGCUCCGUGGAGCGAGUACCGUCUGCUGGAAGUGGAUCCAGGGCCAAUACUCCCUCGUCCGGUGAACUGGAGUCGAUACCCCUAAAAAUCCGUAACCUCCGCAAGCGCAGCAAUAGCGAGAGGAACAGCACCGAAAAGUUGCUGGCAAAGAUGCCACUGGCCAUUCAACGUGCUCUCGAUCCAAACAAAAAGCCAACACCCUUGGACGAUGUAAUAAGAGCUGCCAGCAUGCUGAAUCCCCAGCAGUUUUCGUUGCCACCUGAGCUGGAGCUGCACACUCAGUUUCCGGGAAACGGUAAGGUCCAGCCUGUUCAACAAGCGCAGCCCUCGACUGGAAACGGAGGUCAUCGCAAGUGCGCUGGCAACCAGCGCCGAAACUCAAAACCUUUUGAGCUAGACUCCCAGGGCCUAGUGCCGUUGCCAGCAAAAACGUGUUUCUACUGUACCAGGUCCUGUAAAAGGGCCCCGCUCAUAUCCUGCGACUACUGCCCGCUCUACUACCAUCAGGAUUGCCUAGAUCCGCCGCUGACCGCGCUGCCUGCGGGCCUCUGGAUGUGCCCCAAUCAUGCCGAGAACUUUAUUGACGCCAACAUGACCAACAGCAUCUCGGCUACAGAGCGGGUGCGUUUGUGGAACCGCUUUCACCAGCCGCUGGACCACGAGAACGUAAAGUUGGAGUUCUUUCGGCGCGUCAACACCCGUCAUCCACCCUUCCGCACCAAGACCAGUUUGCGGAGCAGAGCCUACAUUGAGGUGCCGGCCAUCGUGCGCUACCACUACGAACACCCGCCGGCACUGCUACCCUCGAUGCGUCAGACCCUGCGCUACGACCGUGUAAAGCAGCGCAAAAAUCUGCCCACCGCAGUAGAAGAAAUAUCCAGGGAGACUGUCACGGAGUCGCUUCUUAACCACCUGGAAGCCUUGCGAACGGCUCGAGCCAAAUUUCGCGAAAUUCAACGGGAGUACGGGACGCCAGAGACCGCAGUAGAGGGCGACAGUGACAGCGACACCAAUCUCGAGGGUGAGCAGGACUCUGAGACGACCCCACCUGGAGAUAAAGUAAAUGGUGCAACCGAACAGGAUAUCCAGAAACCAGACACUGAAGUACAGCCUUCCGAACAACCCUCGGUUGUCAAAAUGGAGUCAAAGUCGAAGGUCAAUUUGGAAGUGCUCGAAAUAAGCUACGAGGAGGAGGAGGACGACAGCAAGGCAGGCAUUAUUGAUGCUGAUCUAUGCCACCUAGAUGUUGACAUUAUCAAGAAACUGGCCCAUCAGCGUCUGCAACAACUGGUAGAGGAACAUCCAGAGAUUGUGACUCAGUACAAAAACCGCACGGCAGCUCGUCAUCUGCGCCAGUUGGCAGCUGGGGAAGGUGGAGAGACCACCGCUUUGCAGGGUCAACUGGCUGCUGAGGACAUGAACCGCUUCUCUUUGCUCUUCACCAGCGAGACGUCUUCGAUUUUGGCUCAGAAAAAUGGCAAUGAUGCCGACGAGGAUCCGGCAAUGGCUCUGCAUCCGGCACUAGCCACGGCGGCGGCUAUAGCUGCUGCAGACGCUGCAGCUGAGAACUAUGUUCCACGCGCCCGCAGCGAUACAGAGAAGGCCUACGAGCUGGCAUCGCGCCUCGAGCUUAAGCUGCUCCAGUGCAAAGUACAGGCGCGUGCAGUAUUGACCCCACUCGGAGACAUGCUGGAGGACAGUCGCUGGUUCAGUUCCCUUGGAUUGGAUCACUCUAUUUUUAUGAGAUACCGUACAUUGUAUAUUGGAUACGGUGGCCACUACUCCCCGUCGACCACAAUGGCGCAGUCGGAGACUGUGGAUCUUUCCGCCAUCGGCUACUGCUGUCGUAUCUCGCCGCAACACGCCAUUAUUUUUUAUGACGAGUUUUCCAAGUCGUACGAGUUGAUUAACUACUCCGAGUUCGGCUCGGAGGUCAACGGGCAGCUGUAUACCUGCGACGUUACUGACCACACGCCCACGCAUGCCGGUAAAAGGAUGCGUCCGGAUGACACAGAGCUGAAGAGACGAGUGGAUGACCUGCUUGACAAGCGACGCCACAUCCACCGGCAGUACGAGCCUAAACAGUGCGAACAGGAGAGGCUGGCCCCUAUUGUGAAGCCCGCUUGCCGCUGCACCAACGCCGGGGCUGUUCCAAUGGUUCCAGGAGCCUGGGAAGGAUCCGCAGUUUUGGCCCACGGCAGCUUACUCCGCUUCGGCUGCCUCUCGUUUGUGUUUUCGGUGCCAUCGGUGGGCUUGCUCAUGGCGCAGACACGCAGCAAGCGGUUAGUUUAGAAGCAGUUCAUCGUAGACGCCGCAUC